UUUUUUUGUUACUCUUGGCUACAAAACUGGUACAAAAUGUAGGUUCUACCUAAAAAUUUAUAAGUUUCCGUAUUAAAUUAAUUCGUACUCGAAAAAAUGCUAGUAUUGAUUUGUGAGCUAGUAUCGAUAAAUUUCCGAUAAAAAUUAGAGACGGCACCGAUUUAUUCCUAAUUCGCAUGGUAAUUGGAUCUGAAUUACCAACAAGUGAGGUAAUUCGCUUUGCAAGUUUUGUAUGGUGAAUAACGUAAUUCGAAGGGUAAUUGGAGUGCGAAUUACGAAUGAGAGAGCGAACUAUGUAAUUGGAGUGCCAUGGGAAAGCCAAUAAUUGGAUCGUGAAAAAAUUAACAAUAAUCUUAAAUCUUUAUAGAGAAUUGAAGUCGGUUUUGUUUUUUGCUUAAAAAUUACUUGUUCUAAUUACAUAUUAAGGAGUUAAGCUCCAAAAUGAGGAUAAUCUACCUAUAUGUAAACCUAAUAUAAGAACAGCUGUUCUACGUUAUCCAAUGCUAUCACCGGGUGACGUGACCUUGUCCACUUGCCUUUGCUUGACUCGUCAAUUAGACCCAAAUACAAAAUUAAUUUGUUUUUUUUAUUAUUACAAAUCUUAUUUUGUUUUGUAAUUAUCGUAGAUUAAAUUAUGUUAAAGUUAGUGUCUGUGUUCAGAAAUCAAAUUACAGUACAUGUUUCUCGCCACUCAGGGCGACUUUUGCACGUGGGCGAUGCAGAUGUUUUGUCAUCAUCAGUUGAUAAGACCUCUGAGGAGUUUAAGGAAAAUGACGGCCAAAUGGCUAAAUUGGUAAACGAGUUAAAUGAAAUCACUCGGAAUGUGCUGGCAGGGGGUGGACCUACAGCGACCGAGCGUCAUUCUUCAAGAGGCAAACUUUUGGCUAGAGAACGCAUUAAUUUAUUGCUUGACAAAGGUUCAUCAUUUCUGGAGUUAAGCACUUUGGCGGGUUAUAAUCUCUAUGGUAAAGAAAUUGUAAACUCUGGUGGCAUUGUUACUGGCGUUGGCAGAGUAUGUGGUACUGAAUGCGUCGUCGUUGCCAAUGAUGCUACUGUCAAAGGAGGUUCUUACUACCCAAUAACGGUAAAGAAACACUUACGUGCUCAAGAGAUUGCACAAGAAAAUCGUCUGCCCUGUAUAUACUUGGUGGACUCUGGCGGCGCUAAUUUACCACGCCAAGCGGAAGUAUUCCCUGACAAGCUACACUUUGGACGGAUUUUCUAUAAUCAAGCCAACAUGUCCGCUUUAGGUAUACCUCAAAUCGCAGUUGUAAUGGGCAGCUGUACUGCUGGAGGUGCCUACGUUCCUGCAAUGGCUGAUGAGAGUAUUAUCGUAAAACGCCAAGGAACCAUAUUUUUAGCGGGACCACCUUUGGUAAAAGCCGCUACUGGCGAAGAAGUUUCCGCUGAGGACUUGGGUGGAGCUGACUUGCAUUGCAAAACGUCUGGAGUAACUGAUCAUUAUGCUGUUGACGAUGAACAUGCUCUUUAUUUGGCUAGACAAGUUGUGCGAAAUUUGAAUUUGCCCUCAACCAAUGGAUACAAUGAACAAUUAUUAUAUUCAAGUCAAACGGCGAAUAAAGCAAUUCAAUCCACCAACAAAGAAUCGAUCGAGGAACCCAGAUAUGAUCAGCGUGAUUUGUAUGGAAUUGUAGGUACCACGUUAACAAAGAGUUUUGAUGUGCGCGAAGUGAUAGCACGUAUAGUGGAUGGAAGUCGUUUUACAGAAUUUAAGAAACUUUAUGGCGAGACCUUAGUUUGUGGUUUUGCCAAACUUUAUGGUAAUACUAUUGGCGUAAUCGGCAAUAAUGGCGUAUUGUUUUCGGAAAGUGCGCUUAAAGGUGCUCAUUUCAUCCAACUCUGCGCACAACGUAAUAUACCGCUAGUCUUUUUACAAAAUAUCACUGGUUUUAUGGUAGGUCGUGAUGCUGAGGCCCAUGGUAUAGCAAAGAACGGCGCAAAAAUGGUCACUGCUGUAGCCUGUGCGAAUGUGCCUAAAUUUACCGUUAUUAUUGGUGGUUCUUAUGGGGCUGGAAACUACGGAAUGUGUGGACGUGCGUAUUCACCACGUUUUCUCUACAUGUGGCCAAAUUCACGUAUCUCCGUAAUGGGUGGUACCCAGGCAGCUAAUGUUCUCGCACAAAUAACAGCAGAUCAGCGGAAACGCGCCGGUAAGAGCUUUACCGAGGACGAAGCUAACACAUUGAGGGCACCUAUUGUGGAGACAUUCGAAAAAGAAGGUUCACCAUAUUAUAGCUCAGCACGUUUGUGGGACGACGGCAUCAUUGACCCGGCUAACACACGUCAAGUAUUGGGAUUAAGUUUAAAAGCGGCUUUAAAUAAUGCGGGCCAACCUACAAGGUUCGGUGUAUUUCGCAUGUAAUGGGGUUAAGAUCUAAAGUUAACACUUGUUGCCUUUUAUUUAGAUAUAUUUUGUAUCGGGUUGUGAAUAAUCUUUGAGGAAACUGUUGCAUUUAUUAGAAAUAAGAAGUGUUUUUGUAAUUUUUUACCAACUUUUAAAACGUACAUAAUACAUACAAACAUAUUAUUUAUGUAGGUAUAAAAACAAUUAUCGAUAAAAUGGAAACUUUUUGAAGCAAAAUCUAUUGGUGUUGAAAACAAAAUAUCUAAUAGCUAAAAUUGCAUAUAUACAUUCCUAUUUAAUUAAACUUCGAAUAUUUAUUAAUUCCUGCAAAGUUGGACCAUU